AAUGUGCUCGGAGUUCCUAAUCGAGCCGGGGUCUGUUUGUACACAGGGAGCGGGAGAACGAGAGCGAGAGAGGGAGUGAGAGAGAGAGAGAGAGACCCCGCGUGCAGGGCAUAUGCAGGCACAAUGGCAUUGGAUCAGGGGCUCCCUUCUCCUCUGCUCUUUUGGACUAUUACCUUCCAGGCACUCUGCUCCCAGUCCGGAGGCACCAACAACGAAGUGAAUCUCCUUGACACAUCUUCAAUAUCAGGAGACUGGGGGUGGCUGACAUAUCCUGCACAUGGGUGGGAUGCCAUCAACGAGAUGGACGAGUACUUCAGCCCCAUCCACACCUACCAGGUGUGCAACGUCAUGAGCCCCAGCCAGAACAACUGGCUCCGCACCAACUGGAUCCAGCGGGACGGGGCGAGACGCAUCUACAUCGAGAUCAAGUUCACCCUGCGCGACUGCAACAGCAUGCCGGGGGUGCUGGGCACCUGCAAGGAGACCUUCAACCUCUACUACUACGAGAUCGACCGCGACAUCGGCACCAACAUCUGGGAGAGCCAGUUCUCCAAGAUCGACACCAUCGCAGCAGACGAGAGCUUCACCAGCGUGGACCUGGGGGUGCGGCGCCUCAAGCUGAACACGGAGAUUCGGGGCGUGGGGCCCCUCAGCAAGAGGGGCUUCUACCUGGCCUUCCAGGACAUCGGGGCCUGCAUCGCCAUCGUCUCCGUGCGCGUGUACUACAAGCGCUGCUCGGCGAUGGCGCGGAACCUGGCGGUCUUCACCGACGUGGUGACGGGCGCCGAUUCCUCGUCGCUGGUGGAGGUGCGCGGGCAGUGCGUGGACCACGCCGAGGAGCGGGACACGCCCAAAAUGUACUGCAGCGCGGAGGGAGAGUGGCUGGUGCCCAUCGGGCGCUGCGUCUGCAGCGCGGGGUUCGAGGAACACCGCGACUCCUGCGUGGCCUGUGAGGUGGGCUUCUACAAGCCAGCAGCGGGAGACCAGCUCUGUGGGAAGUGCCCCCUCCACAGCCACUCCGAAACCAGAGCCGCCAUCACCUGUCCCUGCGACUCCAGCUUCUACCGCUCGGCGUCCGACCAGCCCGCCACUCCCUGCACGCGGCCCCCCACAGCCCCUGUGAAUGUGAUCUCGUCGGUGAACGGGACCUCGGUCAGCCUGGAGUGGGGCCGGCCCCUGGACACGGGUGGGCGCAGCGACAUCGUGUACAGCGUGGUGUGCCAGAAGUGCGCGGGGGACUGGGGCCUGUGCGAAGCCUGCAGCACCGGGGGUGUGGGGCCCGGGGCCGGGGGGCUGGGGGCUGGGGCUGGAGGGGGCACGGGUGGAGGAGGUGGAGGAGGAGGAGGGGGAGAGCGGGGAGGCAUCCCCCCCAUCCGCUUCGUGCCGCAGCAGGCGGGCCUGACGGAGCCCUGGGUGGCGGUGCUGAACCUGGCCGCGCACAUGAACUACACCCUCCAGAUCCACGCCCGCAACGGCGUGUCCCACCUCAGCCCCGAGCAGCAGGCCUACACCGCCGUCAACAUCACCACGAACCAGGCAGCUCCCUCCCAGGUGAUGGCCAUCCGGCAGGAAAACGCCAGUCAGAACAGCGUCACCUUGCUGUGGCACGAACCCGACCAGCCCAACGGAGUGAUCCUGGAGUACGACAUCAAAUACUACGAGAAGGACAAGGAGCUUCAGAGCUACUCCACCCUGAAGUCCAAGGGCACCUCUGCCAAAGUGUCAGGUCUGAAACCUGGGACGCGGUACAUCUUCCAGGUACGAGCCAGGACCUCGGCAGGGUGUGGCCGCUUCAGCCAAUCGGUGGAGAUCCAGACCGGCAAAGCUGUUCCCCUGCGCUACAACACUAUGACCAUCAUCUGGAUCUCCAUGGCGUUGGUGACGGGCCUGGUGGCGUUUCUGGCCAUCGUCAUCUGCAGAAAACGACAUUGUGGCUACAGUAAGGCUUUCCAAGACUCUGAAGAAGAGAAGAUGCACUACCAAAAUGGACACAUCUCUUUUCCAGAAGCCAGGUUUUAUAUUGACCCUCACACAUAUGAAGACCCGUGUCAAGCGGUACAUGAGUUUGCCAGAGAAAUUGAGGCCUCCAGGAUUAAAAUAGAAAAAAUCAUUGGUUCGGGGGAGUUUGGGGAAGUGUGUUACGGUCGCAUGAGGCUCCCGGGUAAGAGGGACAUCCCAGUGGCCCUGAAAACACUGAAGGCGGGCUUCAGCGAGAAGCAGCGCCGUGACUUCCUGGGCGAGGCCAGCAUCAUGGCCCAGUUUGAUCACCCCAAUGUCAUCCACCUUGAAGGCGUGGUCACCCGAAGUAAACCGGUGAUGAUCAUCACAGAGUACAUGGAGAAUGGCUCUUUGGACUCCUUCCUACGGAGACACGAUGGGCAGUUCACUAUCAUCCAGCUGGUGGGCAUUCUGCGUGGUAUUGCUGCGGGUAUGAGGUACCUGGCCGAUCUGGGGUACGUCCACAGAGACCUGGCUGCCCGCAACAUCCUUGUCAACAGCAACCUGGUCUGCAAAGUCUCGGACUUUGGCCUCUCCCGGGUCUUGGAGGAUGACCCAAAUGCAGCAUACACAACCAGCGGUGGGAAGAUUCCCAUUCGCUGGACAGCCCCAGAGGCGAUUGCCUACCGCAAGUUUUCCUCGGCCAGUGACGUGUGGAGCUAUGGCGUGGUCAUGUGGGAGGUCAUGUCCUAUGGAGAGAGGCCUUACUGGAACCUGACCAAUCGGGAUGUGAUAAAGUCUGUAGAAGAGGGCUACCGUCUCCCCGCCCCCAUGGGCUGCCCUGGGGCGCUGCACACCCUAAUGCUGGACUGCUGGCAGAAAGACCGGAAUGAGCGGCCCAAAUUCUGCCAGAUCGUCACCGUUCUCGACAAGCUCAUCCGCAACCCCGAAAACCUCAAGACGCUGGACACGCUAUGCAGGUUAAACAGCACUCUGAUGCACAGGAGCAUUCCUGACUUCAGCAGCUGCAGGUCGGUGGACGAGUGGCUGGACACCAUCAAGAUGGGCCGCUACAAAGGCAACUUCGCCGCCGGCGGAUACAUGACUCUCGGUCAUGUGAUGGGGAUGAAUCAAGGGGACAUCCACAGGCUGGGCGUGACGCUGAUGGGACAUCAGAAGAAGAUCAUCACCAGCGUGCAGGUGAUGCGUGCGCAGGUGCUGAACAAGAGCGUGCCUUCCGUGCACGUAUAAUCACCGUCCAGCGCUCCCGGGGGGGGGGCCUUUUUAAACACCUUUAUAUUUGAAACUGUACAAUAAAAUGAAUAUACUGUACGUAUGGACUUUACAAGACACAUCCUGAAGCGCUCUUCCUUAAAAGAGGACACUUUUCAGUUGUACCCGAUGGAUUUGUUGUUUUGUUUAGUUUUUUGUUGUGGAAGACUUUGUCGUCGUUGCUGUUUUUUUUUUACAACAUCCAAAUUUCUUGUCUUGUUUAUAUCAGUGGGGGAAAAAAAACUGCCUUAAUUCUCCUGAUUUUAAUUUUACUGUAAAAGAAAGCUAGCAUGUGGAAUUGGACAAUGACACAGGCGUGGAAAAGAUCAAAUGCUAAUACAGACGAUCUUCUGACCUGAGUACAGCUAGCGGUGCCAAAAGACCCUUUCACCAAUGGGACCUCAGCAUUUCAACACGCAAUGACCCACCAAUGGGACCUCAGCAUUUCAACACACAAUGACCCAGAAUUCCCUGGGCUUCAGAACUGUACUUAUUCCUGAUCGGCAGUGCUGCUGGAGUUCCGUGGCGGUGGAGCUGAAAACAGCAGCAAAGAAAACUUUUAAAAGGGAAAAAAAAGAAAGAUAAAUCGUCGACCUUAGAAACUGAAUUGAAGGACUCCUGGUCUUUUCCUGCCACUGUCCAAAAGCUGCUUAGCGCACAAGUACCUUGAAAAUAACUUUAUCUAUUGUGAUUUGAUUGUCACUGCUUUUUUCUGCCUCUGUAGUCUUAGGAAGCAAAGGGAUAUUGUGCAAAUAUUGUGUUUCUUAGAAUAACCUAAAAAGGACUAACUGAAGGUAUUUGCUUCCAUGUGCAAUCAUAACAAUUUUUUCAAAACUUUUUUUCCCCACACAUUUUUCAUAUAUUGUACAUGCAGUCAAGUACCAUACAGUGGAUGGUUAACAUCUUUUUAAUAUUGAUAAACCCAGGUGAUAUCCCCUAAAUUAAUAUUCAAAUGCCCUUACUGGCAAAUUGCUGUUCCUUUAAAAACCUUCCAUACACUAUUUUAAUGUUUAAUUACCCCUGUUUAAUUACCCACAACCCAUUACACAACCUAAGGCUGUCCUCUGAAGAAAAUAAGCAGGUUUCUGUGGAAUUCCCUUUAAAACUAAUAUUGUCAAUGAGAUGAAGAGGAAAAUAUAUACUUCUGAACCCAGAGGGGUAAUUUGACCCAUCCUAGCCAUACUGCAGCACCCGGGGCAGGUCUCAGUCAUGUACCUUAGCCACUACGCUCAGGCCAAUUCUUGAUAAAUUUGGAAACGAUAUGUCUGAAAAUAAACAGUUUAUUUUGCUGUACUGCACAACUACUGUUGUAGCACUUAUAGUGGUUUAUAGAGUUUUGGUUUAUCCAAGUCAUUUUCUUUUGCAUACUGUAGGACCACCUGGGGCAGUAACAGAGAAUAUUAACAGGGUUCAUCUGUGUGUUUCCAUCCACAGAGCCUACAGUGGCAAUGCUGUCAGGCACAAGGAGAAGACUUUUGUGAGCGCAAACUUUAAGGGUACUUCUGGUUUCACAUAUUCAAUUGUAAAUGUACAGUUUAUAUAAAAAAAUAAAAGUCCUUCUGUAACAGCAAUAUCCAUAUAAAUGCACAUUAUAGUGCAAAUAAAGUUCAAAACACUGCCAGGAGAGACACAAUCCAGAGCUUUCACUAACUCAUACCAUCUCUUACCACAGUUAAUAGGUUGCAACAAUAGAAGCAGGCUGAACCAAACUGUCAUAGUACUGAGACUAUUGAGGACAGAACUUAAGUGGAUAUCUCAUGCAAUGGUAGAAAAUAACCUUUGUUCACAGAAUUUUCUUUUUUGAACAAAAGGCUUAUGGUUGUAAAUGUUACUGGAAAAUGUGACUUGAAAUAAUUGUGUGACAACUGGGAAGAGUUUGUUGCAAAAGGGCUUUUUUUCAAGGACACCAAGUUCAUCCCUGCAUUUUUUUUUUCUCUCGUGUUGAUUGGUGCCUCCAAAUUUGUGGGGCUUGCCUUGUCCCCAGAUCUGUGAAAUGACCUUCACAGUGAGGCCAUGAAUUCAUCAGCUUACUGGCCACAAUCUGACAUUAACAGUGUCAAUGAUGUAAGCAGAGAGCCACAAAAUGGCACAGACACAGGCACACAUUUAUGGAGAAAAUAUACAAACAGAACAACUGUAAAUUACUGAUCUAGGGUUGUGAAAAAAAAACUUAAAAUGGAAUGA